GGGGGCGUCCCGGCCGCCGCAGCCGACCGAGGAGACCGAGCCGGGGGCCGCCACUUCGGAGUUGGGGCUGAGGCGUCCUCUGGGGAGAGCGCGCCAAGACCGCUGCAGCAGCUGGCCGAGUUAAGCCCAUCCACAGUGAUGGCCGCAGCCUUACCCAGGACCCUGGGGGAGUUGCAGCUGUAUAGAAUAUUACAAAAAGCCAACCUGCUUUCUUAUUUUGAUGCCUUUAUCCAGCAAGGUGGUGAUGAUGUCCAGCAACUCUGUGAAGCUGGAGAAGAGGAGUUCUUGGAGAUCAUGGCUCUCGUGGGCAUGGCUAGCAAGCCCCUGCAUGUCAGAAGGCUGCAGAAGGCGUUGAGAGACUGGGUUACGAACCCUGGCCUUUUCAAUCAGCCACUGACGUCUCUGCCUGUCAGUAGCAUACCCGUCUAUAAGUUACCAGAGGGCUCACCAACAUGGCUGGGAAUAUCCUGCAGCAGCUAUGAAAGGAACAGCGGUUCCCGAGAACCUCAUUUGAAAAUCCCCAAGUGUGCUGCCACCACGUGUGUGCAGAGCUUGGGGCCCGGGAAGUCAGACGUGGCAGGGAGCUUAGCGCUGCAGGCUAUCGGCGACUCCCGGCUCUGGCAGGGCCACCACAGCACCGAGAGCGAGCACAGCCUCUCCCCAGCGGACCUGGGCUCCCCGGCUUCCCCUAAAGAGAGCAGCGAGGUGCUGGAUGCUGCCGCUGCACUCUCUGUAGCCGAGUGUGUGGAGCGGAUGGCCCCCACGCUGCCAAAAAGUGACUCGAAUGAAGUGAAAGAGCUGCUGAAAACCAACAAGAAGUUGGCCAAAAUGAUUGGCCACAUCUUUGAGAUGAGUGAUGACGAUCCACACAAAGAAGAGGAAAUCCGAAAAUACAGUGCAAUAUACGGCAGAUUUGACUCGAAGAGAAAGGAUGGGAAGCACCUCACGCUCCACGAGCUCACCGUUAAUGAAGCAGCUGCUCAGCUCUGUGUAAAGGAUAAUGCCCUGCUGACGAGAAGAGAUGAACUUUUUGCCCUGGCCAGGCAGAUUUCUCGAGAAGUCACCUAUAAAUAUACUUACAGAACCACCAAGUCAAAAUGUGGAGAGAGAGAUGAAUUAUCCCCGAAGAGAAUUAAAGUAGAGGAUGGGUUUCCAGAUUUCCAGGACUCUGUGCAGACACUCUUCCAGCAGGCUAAAGCUAAGAGUGAGGAGCUCACUGCUCUUAGCUCACAGCAGCCUGAAAAGGUGAUGGCAAAGCAGAUGGAGUUCCUCUGCACCCAAGCUGGCUAUGACAGACUGCAGCAUGCUGAAAGAAGACUGUCUGCAGGACUAUACAGGCAGAGCUCAGACGAGCACAGCCCCAAUGGCUUGGCGCCAGACAGUGCUGAGGGACAAGGAGAAAGACCUUUGAAUCUCCGAAUGCCUAAUUUACAGAACAGACAACCCCAUCAUUUUGUGGUGGAUGGGGAGCUGAGUAGACAUUACUCCAGUGAGGCAAAGUCCCACUCAUCAGAGAGCCUUGGGAUUUUAAAAGACUAUCCUCACUCAGCUUUUACUUUGGAAAAGAAGGUCAUCAAAACAGAGCCUGAAGAUUCAAGAUAGCCGUGGCUCUUCCACUGUUGUCUGGAAAUGGCAUCAGAGUUAAGGAUAAUGCCCCAUCAUAGAAAUAAGCCUUAAUAACCAAUGUUGCCUCACUCAGCACAAACAGAUUUCAUAGCCAAAGCAUAAGGACUGAUACAGUAGUCUGUGGAAACCAGGAAGACAAAACUGCAGCCACAAAGGAGUAAACUGAGAGAAUGUUGCAAGCUGUAACAGAAAUACUGAUCCACAUUCCUGUGGAAGUCAUUUUAUGUGGAAAGGCUUACAAAUUAAUACUGUAAGCAUUCAUUAUUUAAGAAUGUACAAUGUAUUUGUGUAAUUUAUAGAGGUAAAAUGUAGAUGUUGAGACCUGU